CGUGAUGCUUUGUUUUGCUCGUGACGGCUAGCUCUUCCUGUUUUAGCUCUGUUUUCUGAACAUGUCGCUGAAUUAAAGGAGUUUUAAUGUGAAUGGGUUUGUUUUGAAGACACCUGUGAAGCAGACUGAAGUCACAGACAGGUUGGUUGGAAAAACACAGAAUCAUGCUUCGGUGGAUUUUUGGUGGUCGUGAGGAUCAGAGCUGUCUGGAGAAAAGCCCCGUGUUGUGCAUCGGAGAGGAACAGCCCAAAAACUGCUUCACUGAGCUGCAGGUGCUGAAAGGACAUUUUGACAUUGUUCGAUUUCUGGUGCAGAUUGAUGACUUCAGAUGUGCUUCAGCAGGAGAUGAUGGUCUUGUUUUGGUGUGGAAUAUUGAGACUGGAGAGAGGCUGCAGGAGCUUCGAGGUCACUCCCAGCAAAUCACCGCCAUAACUACUUUCACCUGCAAUGAUGAGGUCACGCCACACACCUGCCUCAUCACCGCCUCUUCAGACCGAAGUCUCAGUUUGUGGGAUCCUGAUUCAGGCAACAGAGUUCAGACCAUUUCAGAUCUUCAGUCUUCUGUCAAGUGUUUGCUGGUGCUCGAGCGUCUGUCUGUGUGGGUCUCCGGUGGGGACGAGCUGUGUUUGUGGAACAAAGACUUCCAGCUGCAGUGUCAGAGACAGAAACAGAGCGACACCGGAGUCACAGCUUUAAUAGAGCUGCCUAAGAACUGCCUGGCUGCAGCUGUGGAUAAGGAGAUCGUGAUCUACAGACUGACCGUCUCUGCUGACUCCUCUGCACUGCUGGAUGAGAUCCACCGUCUGUCUGAGCACCAGGACCAAAUCAGAGCUCUCAUUAACGUCAACGCAAGCUGAUGUCGUGCUCUGAAGAUGGCAGUGUGAGACUGUGGGAGAUUCAAGACCUGCCUUUACCUGCUGAACCUGCCUCUGCAGGGUUCUUUGGGAUGUGGAAUUUUGGACGGUCAGGCAAACAGUCCGGACCUCAGUCUAAGAAGGUCCUGGACAUUCCCAAUCUGAGGACACUGGAGUUGACGGGAGAUCUGAUUGGUCACUCAGGAGGAGUCCAGAUGUUUAUCAGCUUCGAGGAGAGAGGUUUGGUAACCUGUUCUACGGACCACCUGUUGAUUCUGUGGAAGAACGGGGAGAGGCAGUCUCGUCUGCGCAGCCUGGCUCUGUUCCAGAAGCUGGAGGAGAACGGAGGUCUGUGAUGCAGAGCUGAGACGGUGCUUGAACCAGAGGAGUGGAGCGACUCACACUGUGCUGUAGUUGCUGAGUGUUGGUUGAUGAACUGCAGUCACUGCUUGUCUUUUUACUGAGGGGCAGAGUGGCUGUGUCUCAAAUCAGGGGCUGCAGCUUACCUAGACCACAGUUCAGUCUGGGUAGACUGAUUAAAAUACUUGUGAAAUGAGA